UCUUCCCCAAAAAAUCAACCCAAAAAACCAGAAUCCAUCAACACCGGGUCAAACUCCAUCUCCCACCACAAGCCGCCCGGACAACCAUGGAUAAUCCGACCUCAAACUCAAAGCGGCGGCACAAGAAGCAGCGCCACCACAACAACGAGGAAGACGACGACGACGACGACGAAGUAAGAGAUCCGGAAGUUUUAGCGUCGUUUAACACAACGUUCCGGCAAGUACAGUCGGUGUUGGAUCGGAACAGAAGCUUGAUUCAGCAAGUUAACGAGAAUCAUCAGUCGAGAAUUGCUGACAAUAUGGUGAAAAACGUGGCGUUGAUUCAGGAGCUUAACGGUAAUAUUUCGAAAGUUGUGUCGCUUUACUCGGAUUUGAAUUCUAAUUUUUCUAACUCUUAUCAUAGCCACCGUGACGGUGGCGGCGGUUCGGGGAAUAAUAGUAAUAGUAGUGGUAGAACGUAGGCGAUUUUAGUUUGAUUGAAUUAUAAAUGAAGAAAAUAAAUGUGUUUGUGUUUCUUAGUAUGUAAUUUGGAAAUUAUAAAUGAAGAAAAUAAAUGUGUUUGUGUUU